AACUCGGAGCGGGUGGGGCCCCCGGAGACGCAGACAACGCCUCCGCUCUGCUCGGCGGCUGGAGCCCAGCAGAGAGGCCGCCCGCCGCGCCCGGGCGCCCUCGGCCGCGUGGUGCCCACCGCGCGCUGCGCCCACACCAUGCCCGUGUCCGACCAGGCAUUUGUGACGCUGGCCACCAACGACGUCUACUGCCAGGGGGCUUUGGUGCUGGGGCAGUCGCUCCGGGAGCACAGGGCGACCAGGAGGCUGGUGGUGCUGGUCACGCCUCAGGUGUCCAACCCGCUCAGGGUUAUCCUCUCAAGGGUGUUUGAUGAGGUCAUCGAGGUGAACCUAAUAGACAGUGCGGACUACGUCCACCUGGCCUUUCUGAAGAGACCUGACCUCGGAAUCACUCUCACCAAGCUUCACUGCUGGACGCUCACCCAUUACAGCAAAUGUGUCUUCCUGGAUGCAGACACCCUGGUGCUGGCCAACAUCGAUGAGCUGUUCGACAGGAGGGAGUUCUCUGCGGCCCCGGAUCCUGGAUGGCCGGAUUGCUUCAACAGCGGGGUGUUUGUCUUCCAACCCUCGCUGGAGACGCACGGCCUCUUGCUUCAGCACGCCACCGACCACGGCAGCUUUGACGGGGCAGACCAAGGCUUGCUGAACAGUUUCUUCAGUAACUGGUCCACCGCUGACAUCCAGAAGCACUUGCCCUUCAUCUAUAACUUGAGCAGCAAUACCACGUACACCUACAGUCCUGCUUUCAAACAAUUUGGCUCCAGCGCGAAGGUGGUCCACUUCCUGGGGUCCUCGAAGCCUUGGAACUACAAGUACAAUCCCCAGACGGGCUCCGUUUUGGAGGAGGGCUCCGGGCGGGCCGACCAGCAUCAGACGUCCUUCCUUAACCAGUGGUGGGGAAUUUACCACCAUCGCAUCUUGCCUCUUUGUGAAACUAUCCGGAACAAGGACCACCAGGGGUCCCCAGGUCACGCGACCACUGCUAUUCCACCCACUGGGCCACUGGGGGGCAGGGGUCCCCGUAAAUGGCUUUUUCUUUUUUUUGCACGACCCAUUUGUUUGAUCCUAAAGAGAAAGAGUUCUCUGUCGUUCUGGCUCUGGGAAGCCCCCUGCAGACUAACGAUGCAACAAUUCUGUUUCCAGCGGCGGGCGGAGAACACCGCAGGUGCCCCACCCGAGGACACCUUGGAACCGAGCCGGGAGCCCCCUGCGGAUGUCAGCAGGGACCCCCGUCCCCAGGACGCUCUAGAGGUGGACCUGACCAUUUCCGUCUCCCAGAUCUCCAUCGAAGAGAAGCCCGACGCCCCGAGCCCCGAGGAGGAGCGGAGAAAGUGGGAGGAGGGGCGGAUGGAUUACCUGGGGAAGGACGCCUUCGCCCGCAUUCAGGAGAAGCUGGACCGCUUCCUGCAGUGACCGCGCCGUUCGGGUGAGCGGCCCUGUUCCGUCCGCAUCCAGAGCCCUUUCCGAGGAGGAGCUCUUCCCCACGUGCCUGUUUACGGUCGAUCCACCUGAGUGCCUUCUGCCCGCCUCCGUGGUGCACCCAAAACCCAGCUCGAAGCCCCGCAUCACCCCAGGUCCCCACGCCUCUGGAGCUUCCCUGGGGAGGUCCCGUCUCCUUCAUGCCUUGCUGGCAAAUCCCUGCAGAUGGUGACUGCAGCCAUGAAAUUAAAAAACACUUGCUCCUUGGAAGAAAAGCUAUGACCAACC